AUGGCGUACACCAAGCGUUCGCGCGCCGCCUUCGAGGCCGACCUGCAGCAGCACGAGUCGCCCUACGCCGUCGUCGGCACUCCGCUGCCGCCGCUCGAUGAAAACACCCGCGACGACGGCUCCUACGUGCUCCUCUGGAAGCAAGAAGCCACCGACGAGCGCGGCCGCAAACGCUUUCACGGCGCUUUCACCGGCGGCUUCUCUGCAGGGUACUUCAACACGGUAGGCUCCAAGGAAGGAUGGACUCCCUCGACGUUCGUCUCGUCGCGGUCCAACCGCCACAAGGACCAGAAGAAUGCCCAGCAGCGCCGCCCCGAGGACUUCAUGGACGAGGAAGACCUGGCGGACCAAGCUGAGGCGCAGAAGCUGCAGACCAGCGGCGCGUUCUCCGCGCUAGGAUCGACUGGCGACGAUGUGGUCCGCCGAGAUGCUCUCAUGGACAUGGUCAAGACAGCCGGCGAGACAAUGGGCUCCAAGUUGCUCCAGAAGAUGGGCUGGAAACCCGGUCAAGGCGUGGGUCCAAAGGUCCGGCGCAAGGCCCGUCUAGACCCAGACGACGAGGGCGACGCAGACCAGCAAAUGCACCUGUUCGCGCCGGAGAAUUCCCGAAUGAUCACCUUCGUACGGAAAAACGACCAUAAGGGUCUCGGAUACGAAGGGGAGGCACGUCUCUCAGGAGCGACAAAGUCGGCCAAUGACUCCAAUGGCGAUGAAUAUAGUGACGACCCGUUAGGUGCAUCGCGGAAGCCCAAUGUCAAGAAGCCAGUCAAACGAGGCGGCUUUGGCGUUGGUGUUUUAAACGACAACGGCUCCGACGAGGAGGAUCCCUAUGAGAUAGGUCCGAAAAUAUCCUACAACCGCACCAUCGGAGGUGACAAAAGGCCCAAGAAGAAAAAGGAUGCUCUGAAACCAGCUAGCAGCUCUGCCAAUCCUCUGGUCGGCGCCAAGCCCGUCUUUAUUUCAAAGAAAGCUAUGAGCAAGAAGGCAGAGGGCUUCCGGAAAUGUCAUGAUGGCAGACUACCUCUCGAGGGUUUCAUCCUUGCCACACAAGCUCUGACGUUAUCUGACGGAGCAAAGUAUGCACCGCCAAUUAUCCCGGAGGGAUGGUCAAGCUCAAAGAGAGCGGGGAGCGAUUCCAAGCCUCCAGAGAGCUUUCAAUCUGUCACAGAUGCCGCUAAAUCAUCGACCCUGGAUGCAAAAGCCCGCGCGGCUUUGCUUGGGGAAUCAGCGUUGCCAGGGAAAUCAGUUUUCGACUACCUGAACCCAGCAGCUCGAGACCGGCUAGCUGCAUCCAGUGGCAAGACGAAUCUACCCGAAGCCCGUGGUGAAACAGCUCCAGAAGGCUUCCGCAAGACCGAAGCUGAUCGCCAGAAGCAACUGUGGAGUUUUGUGCCGCCACUCGAAAAAGAGAUCGCCGAGGGUGCCCUGAGCCGAGGAAUAGGAGGAUGGAUGCCGUACUCCGAAGACGAAAAAAAGAGAGCUAGGUACCGCGGCUUUCUUGAGUUGCGGGCAGGGCUGCGGGAUACUCUGCCAGAGCGAGCCCCAGGAGCCUCCACAGACGACUGGGUCCGGGAGCUGCAGGAGUUCGCCCAUGCAGCACGCGUUUUCCGGCCAAUGACUGGCAUGAUGGCGUCCCGCUUCACAUCGGCGUCCAAACCGCCUGCGUCAAGUUCCGGGGAAAGCACGCCGGACACGCCACUAAGCAAGCCGGCCCCAAAGCCAGCCGACCCCGCCGAAGAGGCAGCGAAGCUAGGCAUGUAUGGGCCGAUGACUCGGCAGAUCCUACAGUUUUUCCCGACGCGGCUCGUGUGCAAACGCUUCAACGUGAAGCCCCCAGACAAUGUCCAGCCCGAUCCAAAUAACGCACCUGGGGAUGCGGCAUCGGCAGCUACCCCCAACCGAGACCUGACCGUCGUGUCUCAGUCGGCAAUACAUGAGAUGAUGCGCGAGAAUGCUUUGAGACAACCGUAUUCGGCGCCAUCGGACGGUGCCCGUGCAACGGACGUGCAGCCUGCUGCGGCGCCUGUGCAUGCCCCGGUGGACGUAGAGCGAAACGAGGCAUUGGAAACAGAGAAGGCCGGUGACGCUGUCUUCAAAGCUAUCUUUGGGAGCGAUGACGAGGAUGAGUAA